GAAGAAGAUGACACAUUUCAAGGAAAAUGGUACUGCCAUGGAAAAAGCUGUUACCACUUUUCAAAAGAGGAGAAAACUUGGGAGAGGAGCAUGGUGUCAUGCCAAGAUCUGCAGUCUAGUCUCCUGAAGAUUGAUACUAAAGAGGAGCAAGUCCGUAUUCAAUCAAAAAUAAAAUACAAUCAUUGGAUUGGAUUAAGUAGAGUUCAAGAAAGUGGGUAUCAGUGGAAAUGGCUGGAUGGCUCACCCCUAUCUCAGCAGCUGAGUUUCCGACGGAGUUUAUCUGAUGUGAAAUGUGGACACCUGAGACCAUCAGCUAUUUAUAGUGCUGAUUGUAGUAAACGCUUCCGUUACAUUUGUGAAAAGGAGUUCUCUGGCCCUGAUAAUUAAAGAAGCGCUGUGACCAAAUGUUCACUAUUUCAUUCUUUAACAGCUGUAAGGAAAAACACAGGGUAAUCGCUCAAAUUAGUCAACUAUGCAUGGCGUAUGAAGGAUUAUGAUCUUUCACACAUCCCUCAGCAUGGAUAAAAGAGUAAGUUUUAGAAAUAGUAAAAUCAUCCAUCCAAAAAUGAA